AUGAUCAACUUUCAGCCAAUAAACACAUGUGGUGAUGUACAGAUACUACCUGCUCUCACAGAUGGCAAGUUUGAUAUGGUAAAGAUGAGAGAAGCAGCUGCACAUUGGAUACUUAUGCACGAGCAUCCUUUUUCGAUUAUAGAAGAGGAAGGUUUUAACAUGAUGCAAAAACGUGGGAUGUCUGAAUGGGAAAAGGUAUCACGCAAUACUAUUAAAAAAGAUUGCAUGCAAGUUUAUGAAGCAGAAAAAAAGAAAUUAAAGGCAUUAUUGAAGACUGUCAGUAAGAUUAGUUUGACAACAGAUUUGUGGAAAUCAAGUAAUCAAAAGAUUGAAUUGCAAAAGCGUGUUAUUAGCUUUGUUCACAUACCUCCUCCUCGUCGCGAUGUUGAGAUUGCUGAUUGUAUUUUUAAGUGUCUAAAGGAAUGGGGAAUUGAAAACAAGGUGUUUACACUUUCUGUGGACAAUGCUUCAAGCAAUGAUGUGGCGAUUAGAAUUCUUAAAGACACUUUUUCAAGAAAUAGGAUGUUGCUUUGUGGAGGAAAAUUAUUUCAUGUUCGGUGUUGUGCACAUAUCUUAAAUCUCAUGGUUCAAGAUGGCCUUUCUGAGAUUAAGAAUGUGAUUGGUGAUGUUCAUGAAAGUGUCAGUUUUAUUAAUCAAAAUGAGGCAAGACUUAACUCAUUUUUUGAUAUAGUACAGCAGUUACAGUUACCUGAUAGGAAACUCAUUCUCGAUUGUAAAACACGUUGGAAUUCGACAUUCGAGAUGUUGUCGAUUGCAAUCAAAUUCAAAGAAGUGUUUCCAAGACUCAAAGAGCGAGAAUCUCAUUACGAAUGUUGUCCAAGUCAUGAAGAUUGGGAAAAGGUGGAGAAAGUUUGUGAGAUUUUAGAAGUUUUUAAUUCAACCACUAAAAUCAUCUCUGAAAGUGAUUAUCCAACUUCAAACCUGUUUCUGAAUGAAGUUUAUCGUGUGAAAGUGUUGUUGGAUAAAAGGAUGAAUGAUGAAAAUGAAUUUGUUCAAGCAAUGGUUCGUAAGAUGAAGAGUAAAUUUGAUAAGUAUUGGGGAGAAUGUAAUUUGUUGAUGUCUAUAGCAGCAAUCUUGGAUCCAAGGUGCAAAAUGAAGGUGAUUGAGUUUUGCUUUCCUCGAAUGUACCCUGAUAGAGAAGCAAAAGAAAAUAUUGCUAAAGUUCGAGAUGCCCUUUAUGAGAUUUAUGAUGAAUAUGCUCGUGAGUAUCAAUUUGGCAAUAAACAUAGUGCUGAAACUCAAGUGCAUGAUAAUGGUAUUAGUGGUAUGAAUAUAGAAGCUUCUUCUUCUGGUUGGUUUGAAUUUGCAAAUUAUGUAAAAUCAGUUGAAACUGCUCAACCACAACAAUCUGAUUUAGAUGUCUACCUAGCUGAGGGCUGUUUUAUCUGUGAAGGAGAUUCCACUAAGUUUCAUGCUUUGGAAUGGUGA